AUAAAGCCUCCUCCAUAUCUUGCUCAAUCCUCAUCUCAUAUUAUCAUUCCUCUUCUUCUUCUUCAAUUGGCGUCUUCUUGAUUCUGCUCUGCGAACAAAUUCCACAUCUUUCUUCUUCUCAACAACGAUUCACUCAAAGGGAAAUUAGGGCAUGUGCAGUGGUUCAAAGAAAAAACUUAAUAGUCCCUCCAAGUUCGCCAUGGAAAGCGAAUUCCAGAAGCGGAACGAUGGCUUCCUCAGUGAAUCCUCCGAAUUGCUCGAGUUCGCCGCCUCCGACGAUCUUGACGCCUUCAAGAGCGCAUUGGAAGAGAAGGGUUUCGGCGUCGACGAAGCUAGCUUCUGGUACGGAAGAAGACUUGGGUCCAGUAAGAUGGGUUUUGAAGAGAGAACGCCUCUCAUGAUGGCCGCGAUGUUCGGAAGCACCAAGGUCUUGAAAUACAUAUUUGAGUCUGGCAAAGUCGAUGUCAACAGAUCUUGCGGUUCGGAUAAGGUCACUGCCCUUCACUGCGCUGCCGCCGGAGGGUCGAGUUCUUCACUUGAGGCUGUUAAGCUUUUGCUUGAGGCCUCAGCUGACGCUGAUUGUGUCAAUUCUUACGGAAAUAAGCCCGUUGAUUUUCUCGCCGCGGUUUCGAAUUCGCCUUUGAAUUCGAGGAGGAAGGUGGUGGAAAUGCUGCUGAAAGGGGAGAGCUUGGUGGUAGGAGGCAAUGAGGAAGUGGAACAACAAAGGGCUGCGACACCUGAGAAGAAGGAAUAUCCUAUUGAUGUGUCUUUGCCGGAUAUCAACAAUGGGAUAUACGGCACUGACGAUUUCAGAAUGUAUAGUUUCAAGAUCAAGCCUUGCUCAAGGGCUUACUCGCAUGACUGGACUGAAUGCCCGUUUGUUCAUCCUGGUGAGAACGCCAGAAGAAGAGACCCGAGGAAGUACCCUUACACCUGUGUUCCUUGCCCGGAAUUCCGCAAAGGGACCUGCCAAAAGGGUGAUGCUUGUGAAUAUGCUCAUGGGGUUUUCGAGUCGUGGCUUCACCCUGCUCAGUACCGAACCCGGCUUUGCAAGGAUGAGACUGGCUGCGGGAGGAAAGUCUGCUUCUUUGCGCACAAACCAGAAGAAUUGCGCCCGGUCUAUGCCUCCACAGGCUCGGCCAUGCCAUCUCCGAGGUCUCUUGUUGCCAAUCCGGCAGAUAUGGCUGCUUUGAGCCCCUUGGCUCUUGGUCCAUCGUUGCCCGCAACUUCGACACCACCAAUGUCGCCAUUGGCAGCUGCUUCUUCGCCGAAGAAUGCAGGGUUGUGGCAGAGCAAAGUUAGCCUCACACCACCUGCUUUGCAGCUUCCUGGCAGCAGGCUAAAGACUGCCUCUUGCGCCAGAGAUUUGAAUUUGGAGAUGGAAUUGCUUGGACUUCAAAGUCAGUCUAGUCAACAGCAACAACAACAGCAACAGCAAUUGUUGGAUGAGAUAUCUCGUCUCUCAUCUCCAUCCUUCUUUGGUAGGAUUGGAGACUUAAAGCCGACUAACCUUGACGAUGUGUUUGGAUCACUCGAUCCUUCUAUGUUUUCGCAAUUGCAGGGGCUCUCACUAAAGGCCUCAACACCAACGCAGUUGCAGUCUCCAUCCGGGCUUCAGUUUCGCCAAAACAUGAACCAACUUCGCGCUAGCUACCCAGCUAGCUUGUCAUCAUCAUCUCCGGUGAGGAAGCCCUCUGCUUAUGGGCUCGAGUCCUCAGCCGGUUCUGUGGCAGCGGCAGUUAUGAACUUGAGGUCCUCCACCUUUGCAAAGCGGAGCCAGAGCUUCAUAGACCGCGGAGCAGCAACCACCCACCUGGGGCUAACUGCAGCUGCUAAUUCUGCGCCGAUGAUGGUGUCGUCUGGUUUUUCCGAUUGGAGCUCGCCAGAUGGGAAAUUGGACUGGGCAGUUCAAGGAGAUGAGUUGAACAAAUUGAGGAAGUCUGCCUCUUUUGGGUUCAGAAACAACAGCAAUGCUGGGGCUACACCACAAGCCGUGAGGCCAUCGGCAAUUGAUGAGCCUGAUGUCUCUUGGGUUCAUUCCUUGGUUAAGGAUGUCCCUUCAGAGAAGCAGCAUUAUCAACUCAACAAGGGAGUUCAUGAAGUGCUUCCACCAUGGGUGGAGCAACUGUACAUAGAGCAGGAGCAGAUGGUGGCAUAAGAAGUGCUGCUUCUCAUUUCUCCUGACAAAAAGUUGAAUAUUUUUACAAACUCACUCGUAUUUGAUAUUUGAGAAAGUUCAAUUUUAGGUCCAAGAGAAGGGGAAAUGAACAGGAAUCAAAUUGAAGUUACUGCUAGGUUAAAAUCAGAAGAAAGAUUCAGAUCGUGUAUUUUUUUAUUAUAUUAUUAUAUUUGUUUAUUAUUUUUUCCUCUCCCAAACUGGGUGGCGCUAUUUAUAUUAUGUUUCCCCCAAGGGGAUGAUUAGGAAUUGUAUUUUCUUUGGCUGAUCUGAUCAAAUUUGUGUUUUAUCGUCUGGAAAUGAAAAUAUGAAAGAAAGUCUUCUUGUAUGCAGCUGUA